UUAUUAGCGAUAGAAUUCGCCCUACUCGAUAAUGGCCUGCUAAAUAUUGUUAUGACGAAACAGCUUCCUUUAAAAGUCGUGCACAAGUCUUGAAAUGUAAUAGAACAAAAAAACAAAGAAACAAAAGGCAGCAUCGCGACAAUAUAAAAGACAGAGAAGGGUAGCUACUGAUGACGCGGAAAAUGUAUUUCCUCGGUGAACGUCCAUUGCACCUACGUUUAGGACGUUUAUUAAGAUCCCGAAAGUAGAUAUCACGACAAAUGUUACGUAACGUAACGCGACAUCGUAGCAAACUAGUACGUAUGUAUGCAGCAGAUACGAGAUUUUUGUAAUGUAGAAGAGGCGAUUGUUGACAGACCCGUUGCACAACCAGAAAAGAAAGUCUUGUAUCAUGCGAACGAAUAAUUUUCCCAUAAUUUGGUCAUUUCUGAUAAACUCGGUUGUGUACAGAGGAUAAUUAUUAUAACAAAUACAGCACAACCCGGUAUAACUUUGGGACACACGCUGAUUGAUUCUUCUGAGAAAAUUAAUUUUCUGAUCAACGCCGAAUGUCACGACGACUCCUCUACGCGCCUUUGAUGCGCCUUCUUGUAACAACGGGGUGGUAACCAAGCAAAUGGCUGCGAAGUUUUCGAUCUUCUUGCAAGGUCGUGUUAUCCUCCAGGUAUAACAGAAUACGAAAUGAAAGCGCUCCAGUAGAAUUUCAGUUAGUGGAAGAUGAAGUUGAAAAUAUUGACAACUUGAUUAAUUAUGGUCAAGAACAUUAUGAUUGGAAUUCGGAAGAGGUUCCAGAAUAUAUCGAUAAUUUGUUAAAAAUUACUUGGAAAUUACAUGCCAGAGUGUUUCGCGCGCAAAAGAACUUGAAUAAUAUUAUGGAUGAAAUGUACACUUGGGCAAUGAUGCCAGUUAUUUACCGUAAGGAUGCGAGAGAUGAAAAUUUAUUGUCAGUAGCUGAUAAAGACGACAGAUUUGCGGAAAGAUUUGCGGAGAUCGAAGCAACAGCUGAAGAACUGGAACAAGUAUUAAAAGAAAAUUAUAAACUGUUUUUCGACUUGCUCCCAGAUCACGUCUACAAUAAAGAAGAGCUCGAAUUAUUAGACGCCCACACUGAAGAGGAAGAGGAAGUAGAAACGGAAAAAGCAGCAGAAGAAGAAAACGGUGCCGAAGCUGCAAAGCCGGAUGAGGAAGUACCUGAAGAAGCGGAAGUACCGGAAGAACAAGAGCAAGUAGAAGAAGAAGAAGAGGUUGAUGAAGAAACGUUAGCAAUGAGACGCGAGAAAUGGCAGCCUUAUCUACUCUAUGUUGACAGUUUAAUUUCCAAAGGUCUCAUUCAGGCUGUCUCCACAAGUAUUUGUUACAUUCUCGACGAAACUGAUCCCGAGGGCGAAAUAUUUCCUUCGUUUGAGAUUCAGAUGUGUCUGGAGAACCCUAGUAUUGUUUUCCGACCGCCAGUGGAAUUAGAUGAUCCGGAAGGUUUCUAUGCUUUCUUCGAGUCACUUUUACUUGAAAUGAUGAAAAUGGGUACCCUCAUACCACGCGUUGAUCCUGAGUUGCAUGAAGGUCGAGAAAAUUACGCGCUCGACGUUGCCGAAGAGGAAGGCAUCGUGUUUAUGUUGGAAGAAACCUGCAAUCGAGCAAAACUGGCCUUAACAGAAGUGAAAGGACAUGUACAUGUAUACGAAAUCUACUCGUGGCUGUGGACAGACGAUAAACAGGAAUAUUUAACCUAUUUUUUGAGAUUUUCUCAAUACGUAAGUCCCGAGCAAAGGGAAAUGAUCGAACAUCAUCCAGAGUUUAUCCCAGAUAAUCUGAAAGAGAAGAAACCAGAUUUAGCGGACUUCAAGCGGGAAAUAGAUUAUUUUAUGUCUCUGUACAACCAGUGCGAUCAACUGCAAAAUGAGCAAACCUUUUGUCGAUGGUUGAAACUUGACAUAAAACCUUUCAAGCAGACGCUCUUGAACAUAAUUUGCAAAUGGGCUAACGUGUUGAAGGAGUAUCUGGUCAACCGAAUAACCACACAAUUGGAGAAUUUAGCAGAAUUUUUGAAAGCAGCAAUGGAAAAUUUCUCGCGUCCCAUACACGAAGAUGACUAUGACGCACUUCUAGAAACUAUAUACUAUUUAAAGGAAGUCAGGGAUCGUCAAUACGAAAUUGAAGACAUGUUUGAUCCAAUUAAGAAAACAAUAGAACUGCUACAAAGCUACAACGUGUAUUUAGACGAGAAAAUUUUUAAUUGGCUCGCAGAAUUGCCCGUUAAUUGGGAAACAUUGAAAAAGAUGGCUGCUCAAGUGAAACAUAUCGUUCAGCCUUUGAUGACUCGUCAAAUCGAUCUUUUGAAGAAGAGGCUAAGCUAUUAUAACUUUAAACAACACCGUUUCCUGAACGAAUUCCAUGAACAAGAUGUUUUCAACCCAGAUUGUGAAAAUCAUUAUGAAAAAUUAAACGAAAUACAUGAAGAGGUUUUUAAAUUCCUGAGCGAAGAAAGAGAUCUACGCGAUCAAAUUGUCAUUUUUGAGCAGGAAUUGCCUGAAUUUAAAAUGACGAAACAGAUACAAAAGGAGAUGCAGUUUUUGAAAACUUUGUGGGAUUAUGUGAAUGUCAUUACAACUUCUCUGAACGAGUGGAAGAAAACCACGUGGAAGAAACUAGAUAUCGAAUGGAUGGAUCAAGAAUGCAAAAAAAUUCUCAGAGAAUUAAGACAACUAGACAAAGACGUGCGUCAUUGGGAAUUGUACACUAAUAUUGAAGCACAAAUAAGGAACAUGAUGGCAUCAUUGAGAGCGGUCUCAGAAUUGCAGAAUCCAGCAAUUAGAGACAGGCAUUGGAGAGAAUUAAUGGCUGAAACGAAGGUGGUAUUCAUCAUGACCGAUAAUACAACAUUGGAAGACUUGCUAAAGUUACAAUUGCACAAAUAUGAAGAAGAAGUUAAGAAUAUUGUCGCUAAAUCAGUGAAGGAAAUGGCAAUGGAAAAAGUGUUAAAAGAACUUAACGACACUUGGAGUACGCUCGAAUUUGGGAAAGAGAUACACGAGCGUACGAAAUUAAAUAUUCUUAAAAUCGACGAAGAAACUAUUGAAAUCCUUGAGGACAAUCAGGUGCAACUGCAAAACAUGUUAGGUUCGAAAUUCGUUGGAUAUUUUCUCGGUGAAAUUCUUGACUGGCAGAGGAAACUAAGUACUGCAGAUGCAGUAAUUAAUGCAUGGUUCGAAGUUCAACGAGCUUGGGGUUAUCUCGAAAGCAUUUUCAUUGGCUCUGAAGACAUUAGGAGCCAACUUCCAGAAGAAACCAAACGGUUUGAAAAAAUUGACAGGGAGUUCAAAGAUCUGCUGAAGGAAAUGUUGAGCAAUUUGAAUAUCAUAAAAGCAACCAACCGGCCUAAACUUUUAGAGAAACUAGAAGAGCUGCAAGUGCAACUAAACUUCUGCGAGAAAGCGUUAGCCGAUUACUUGGAAACAAAGAGAUUAAUUUACCCAAGAUUUUAUUUCAUCUCCGCAGCGGAUUUACUUGAUAUUUUAAGCAAUGGUAUUUGGGCGGUCCUAGUUAAACAAAACAUACUGCAGGAUAACGUUAGUAGCAUAAUUAUAUUUGAUUUAAGGAACAAUCCUGAAUUGGUCUGCAGACAUCUGUCAAAGUUGUACGAUUCUAUUGCAAAAUUACAUUGGAGAAUGGACGGUGGGAAACCAACGAAGCAGGCGAGAGUUAUGAUUGCCAAAGACGGUGAGGAAAUGGCUAUUCAUGGGACUUGCGAUUGCAGUGGAAAGGUGGAAGUUUGGUUAAACAACGUAACAGAUGCGAUGAAGAGAUCGGUAAGGCAUCAUAUAUCUCAGGCAGUAGCUACGUACGACGAGAAACCACGUGAACAAUGGAUUUUCGAUCAUCGAGCUCAACCCGCGCUAUGCGGAACUCAAAUCUGGUGGACUACGGAAGUAAACAUGGCCUUUAUGAGACUAGAGGAAGGUUUCGAGAAUGCGUUUAAAGAUUAUCAGCGAAAGCAAAUUAAUCAGUUAAACGCAUUGAUAGUACUUCUCUGUGGAGAUUUGAGCGAAAGCGAUAGAAGGAAGAUCAUGACAAUCUGUACAAUCGACGUGCAUGCAAGGGACGUUGUAGCGAAAAUGAUCGCGAUGAAGGCAGAUCACUAUUCUAGUUUUCAGUGGCAAUCGCAACUCAGGCACAGAUGGGACGACAAAGUUGGUGAUUGUUUCGCUGAUAUCUGCGAUGCUUCCUUCAAAUACGAUUACGAAUAUUUGGGAAAUGUUCCACGGCUGGUGAUAACGCCAUUAACCGAUCGAUGUUACAUCACUUUAACACAAUCUUUGCAUCUUAUAAUGGGUGGAGCACCAGCUGGCCCAGCUGGAACUGGCAAGACAGAAACAACGAAAGAUUUAGGGAGAGCAUUGGGCCAAAUGGUUUAUGUGUUUAACUGUUCUGAACAAAUGGAUUAUAAGUCCUGCGGGAACAUUUACAAAGGUCUUGCUCAAGUAGGAGCAUGGGGUUGUUUCGAUGAAUUCAACCGAAUUUCGGUGGAGGUACUUUCGGUGGUGGCUGUGCAAGUGAAAUCAGUUUUAGACGGAGUGAAAAGCCGCAAACCGAUAUUUUUGUUCUUCGGAGAGGAACUGAAUCUCGUCCCCACUGUUGGAAUGUUCAUUACUAUGAAUCCUGGCUAUGCCGGAAGGACGGAAUUGCCCGAAAAUUUGAAAACCUUGUUCAGGCCUUGCGCUAUGGUAGUUCCAGAUUUUGACUUAAUUUGCGAAAUAAUGUUGGUAGCGGAGGGCUUCCAAGAAGCUAGAUUACUAGCAAGAAAAUUCAUAACACUGUAUCAGCUUUGCCGAGAACUUUUGUCGAAGCAAGAUCACUAUGAUUGGGGUCUACGGGCGAUCAAGUCGGUUUUAGUGGUUGCUGGGAAAUUAAAGAGAGACGAUCCCGGGAGGGCUGAGGAUCAGGUGCUAAUGAGAGCUCUCAGAGAUUUCAAUAUACCGAAAAUCGUGACCGACGAUGUUCCAGUUUUUAUGGGACUUAUUGGUGACUUGUUUCCCGCUCUGGAUGUUCCACGAAAAAGGGAUUUAGAUUUUGAAUCAACGGUCCGGCAAUCUACUCUGGAUCUCAAAUUGCAACCAGAAGAUGGUUUUGUACUAAAAGUUGUACAGUUAGAGGAAUUGCUUCACGUUCGUCAUUCCGUUUUCAUUGUUGGAUUUGCUGGAACCGGAAAAACGGAAGUUUGGAAAACACUUAAUCGAACAUACUUUAAUCAGCAAUUAAAGCCAUAUUAUAAUGACUUGAACCCGAAAGCAGUGACUAAUGACGAACUAUUUGGAAUUAUCAAUCCUGCAACGCGGGAAUGGAAAGACGGAUUGUUCUCCGUGAUAAUGAGAGAUCAGGCAAACAUGACAGGAAAUGAUCCAAAAUGGAUCAUUUUUGACGGCGAUAUAGAUCCGAUGUGGAUCGAGUCAUUAAACACUGUCAUGGAUGACAACAAAGUGUUAACUUUGGCUAGCAACGAAAGAAUCGCUUUAACGGAACACAUGAGGCUUCUCUUCGAGAUUUCAAAUCUUAGGACAGCAACGCCAGCUACUGUUUCUAGAGCAGGAAUUCUUUAUAUAAAUCCACAAGAUAUUGGGUGGUAUCCAUUUGCAACCAGCUGGAUAGAAACAAGAGAUCCAGCUGAGAGAGCGAACUUAACCAUUCUGUUCGAUAAAUAUGUACCAUCCCUUGUAGAAAUGACAAAAUCUAGGUUUAAAAAAAUUACGCCAUUACCAGAAAUAUGUCACGUGGAAAUGCUUUGUAAAUUACUGGACUAUUUUCUGAUUAAGGAAAAUGUAACACCGGAUUGCCCAAAGGAAUGGUACGAAUUAUACUUUGCAUUUGCCUGUAUUUGGGCGUUCGGAUCAGCGACCUUCCAAGAUCAAUUGAUCGAUUGGCGAAACGAGUUCAAUAAGUGGUGGCAAAACGAAUUUAAGUCUAUUAAGUUUCCAAUUGGCAGCAACGUAUUUAAUUUUUUCAUCGAAAACGAAACAAAGAAGUUGAUUCCAUGGAGUGAGAAGAUACAGACCUUUGAACUGGAUCCUGAUAUACCUCUCCAAUCUACUUUGGUGUCAACUGGAGAAACUGCACGCAUACACUUUUUCCUGGAUGUUUUCAUACAACAACGUGUGCCGGUAAUGCUGAUAGGUGCGGCGGGAUCAGGGAAAAGUGUAAUCAUUGCUGAAAAGCUCGCAUCCCUUCCAGAUACCUAUAACAUUGCCAACGUGCCUCUUAAUUAUUAUACUACAUCCGAAAUGUUACAACGAAUAAUGGAAAAGCAUUUGGAGAAAAAGACUGGUAGGAAUUAUGGACCACCUGGUAUGAAAAAGUUAAUUUAUUUCAUCGAUGAUAUGAAUAUGCCCGAAGUCGAUACAUAUGGAACCGUUCAACCUCACACACUCAUUAGACAGCAUAUUGACUACAAUCACUGGUACGACAGGACGAAAUUGACGUUAAAAGAAAUUCAGAAUACACAAUAUGUAUCCUGUAUGAAUCCUACUGCUGGAAGUUUCACAAUCAAUCCUCGUCUACAAAGGCAUUUCGCUGUUUUUGCAGUUAGUUUUCCAACCGAAGACAAUUUAGUAUUGAUCUACAGCCAAAUGCUAGAACAACACCUGAUGAAUCCUAUCAACAAAUUUAACUUAGCGCUGACAAAAAUUGCAGAAUCAUUAUUAAAUGCAGCAUUGUACUGUCAUCACAAAAUUUCAACAACAUUCCUACCAACAGCAGUCAAAUUUCAUUACGUAUUUAAUCUACGUGAUCUGUCAAAUAUCUUUCAAGGCAUACUGUUUGCACACGGUGAGACUGUUCCGACUGGAAAUCAUUUGAUCAGAUUGUACGUUCACGAAGCAACAAGAGUGUAUUCGGAUAAAUUAAUCAGUACUGAAGAUGAAAAAGCCUUUCAGCAAUUGUUGAAGGAGUCGCUUCGCAAAAAUAUUUCUGAAAUGGACGAAAAUAUUGUAUUUGCUGGACCAAUAAUAUAUUGUCAUUUUGCGGAAGGAAUCGGUGAACCAAAAUAUAUGCCAAUAAAAGAUUGGCAACAAUUGACGAAGUUACUAGAUGAAGCUCUGGUUAAUUAUAACGAACUGGUAGCGGCAAUGAAUCUGGUUUUAUUCGAAGAUGCUAUGUACCAGGUUUGUCAAAUAAAUCGCAUUCUGGAGUCACCAAGAGGAAACGCAUUGCUUGUUGGUGUCGGAGGAAGCGGAAAGCAAUCUCUUUCUAGCCUUGCGUCUUUCAUCGCAGGCUUAGAGGUUUUUCAGAUACAAUUACGAACAGGUUAUUCGAUGACUGAUUUAAGAGGCGAUUUAUCAGGUUUAUAUUUGAAAUCUGGAUUGAAAGGAAUCGGAAUAACUUUCCUGAUGACUGACUCUCAUAUCGCCGAUGAAAAAUUUCUGGUACUUAUAAACGAUAUGCUCGCUUUUGGCGAAAUCUCCGAAUUAUUCGCCGAUGAUGAGGUAGAUAAUAUCGUGAACGCCUUAAGAACUGAGGUAAAACAAACCGGUAUGAUGGACACCAAAGAAAAUUGCUGGAAAUUUUUCAUCAAUCGAGUGCGAAGUUUGUUAAAAUGCAUUCUUUGCUUUUCUCCCGUUGGUGCAACAUUACGAAACAGGGCUAGACAGUUUCCAGCAAUCGUAAACAACACUUCGAUCAAUUGGUUUCAAAGCUGGCCACAGGAUGCUCUGAGAUCCGUUUCCACCAGGUUCUUAGAAGAAUUAGAAGACCUUCCAAAAAAAUACAGGCCAUCAGCUUCUUUGUUCAUGUCAUACGUGCAUACUAGCGUUAAUGAUAUAUCUUCGCUUUAUUUACAAAACGAGAGAAGAUACAACUAUACGACUCCAAAAACGUUCUUGGAGCAAAUUUCUUUGUAUUCGAAGUUGCUUGUGGAAAGAACCUACGACGUAAAAUCGAUGAUAGAGAGAUUGAAAAACGGCUUGGAAAAGCUGGAAUCUUGUGCUGGCCAAGUAAGCGAAUUAAGAGUGGUGUUAGCAGCCCAAGAAAUCGAAUUGAAAAAGAAGAAUGAAAUUGCAGAUAAAAUUCUUGCCGAAGUCCGAGCAGAGAAUACUAAAGCUGAAGGGGAAAAAGCUAUUGUGUCCGAGGAAGAGGCAAAGGUAGCCGAAAUAAAAGAAACAGUAGCAGAGAGACAAAGGAGAUGCGACGAGGAUUUAGCAAAAGCAGAGCCUGCAGUUCGACAAGCUGAAGCUGCUCUUGACACAUUAAAUAAAAACAACUUGACAGAACUAAAAUCCUUUGGAACGCCACCGGAACAAGUAGCGAUGGUGGCACAAGCUGUUUUAGUUUUAUUUUCCCCUAGGGGUCAAAUUCCAAAAGAUAGAAGUUGGAAAGCGUGCAAAGCGAUGAUGGGACAUGUUGACACAUUCCUCUCGCAACUUCGAAAUUACGACAAAGAGAACAUUCAUCCUGAAGUAGUCAAGGCUAUCCAACCUUAUAUCAACAACAAAGAUUUUGACCCAGAGAUUAUUUAUUCAAAAUCACAAGCCGCUGCAGGCCUUUGCAGUUGGGUGAGAAAUAUAAUGGUUUUCCAUUAUAUUAAUGAAACAGUGAAACCAUUAAGAGCUGCACUUGCACAAGCUAAUGCCGAGUUAAAAGCUGCUAUGGAUCACUUGAAUGCUUUGAGGACACGAUUAGCGGAAUUGCAAAAAGUGCUCGACGUUUUAGGAGAAAGGAUGAAUGCAGCUUUAGCCGAGAAACAAAAAUGUCAAGACGAAGCUGACGCUACUGCUUUAACAAUUGACCUUGCAAAUAGAUUAGUGAAUGGUUUAGCAUCCGAAAAAAUUCGAUGGACCGAGGAGGUAGAAAGUUUGACGAACUCGUGUGUAACGGUACCAGGGGAUGUGCUGAUUGUAACAGCAUUUUUAUCAUACAUGGGAUCUUUCACUCGAAAAUAUAGAUCUGACUUAAUGUACGAAAAUUGGUUACCGUUUCUGGAAAGUUUGGAAGUAAAAAUACCGAGGACUACUGAAUUGGAUGUACUGGCUUUAUUGACAGACGAUGCACAAAUUGCACAAUGGAACAACGAAGGUUUACCAACAGACAAAAUGUCCUCGGAAAAUGCAACAAUUUUAAUGAAUUCAACAAGAUGGCCUCUAAUGAUAGAUCCACAAUUACAAGGAUUAAAGUGGAUAAAAAAUCGAUAUGGUGAAGAUUUACAAGUGCUGAGGCUUACUCAACCGAAUUAUUUAUACUUAAUUGAAAUUUCCAUUGCGAAUGGAGGAAUUGUUUUAAUUGAAAAUAUCAUGGAAGCCAUCGACCCCAUUUUAGAUCCGGUUAUAAAGAGAGAUCUAAUAAAAAAAGGAAGGGCGAUAAAAAUUUGGGACAAAGAAGUAGAUUAUGACCCCCGUUUCCGGCUAAUUUUACAAACGAAGUUAGCUAAUCCCCAUUAUAAACCCGAGAUACAAGCCCAAACUACUCUUAUCAACUUUACUGUAACAAAAGAUGGUUUGGAGGAACAACUUCUGGGUGACGUUGUGAAAGCCGAAAGACCUGAUUUAGAAUCCAAAAAAGCGGAAUUAACUACUCAACAGAAUACCUUCAAAAUUACCUUGAAGAGAUUGGAAGAUGAUCUUUUACACAGGUUAUCGACUGCUGGGCCUGACAUCUUAAGCGACGUCGACCUCGUGAUCAAUCUCGAAACCACGAAAAAGACUGCUGCGGAAAUAGAAAUAAAAGUAGCUGAAGCUAGAGUGACUGCUGUAAAGAUAGACGAGGCUCGAGAAAUUUAUCGUCCUGUUGCGGCUCGAGCCAGCCUCUUAUAUUUCGUUUUAAACGAUUUGAACAAGAUCAAUAUGCUCUAUCAGUUUUCUUUGAAAGCUUUUAGCGUUGUCUUUCUAAACGCAAUUAGAUUUGCAGUAGCUUCGGAGGAUUUGGCUAAGCGCGUAGAUCUUUUAAUGGAUAGCAUCACUUAUCUAGUUUUCAUUUAUACAAGCAGAGGAUUAUUUGAAGCCGAUAAAUUGACCUUCCUCUGUCAAAUGACCAUUCAGAUUUUUAUGGAAGCAAAGGAAAUAUCACAAUCAGAACUUGACUUCCUACUACGAUUUCCGUAUAUUCCCGAGUUAACAAGCCCCGUAGACUUUUUAACAGACGUCGGUUGGGGAGGGAUUAAAUAUUUGAGCCAAAUGGAGGAUUUUCAAAAUUUAGAAAAAGACAUAGAAGGUGCUGCGAAACGGUGGAAGAAGUUUGUAGAAUCAGAUACGCCGGAACGAGAAAGUUUCCCACAAGAUUGGAAAAAUAAAACCGCUCUGCAAAGAUUAUGCAUCAUGAGGUGUCUUAGACUGGAUCGUAUGACUUACGCGAUUAGGUGCUUCGUAGAAGAAAAGCUUGGCUCAAAAUUUGUCGAAUCCAGAUCUCCACCUUUUUAUAAAUCCUUUGAAGAAACCAGUUCAAUCACGCCUAUAUUUUUCAUUCUCUCUCCAGGCGUUGAUCCGUUGAAGGACGUUGAAAAACUGGGAAUACAAUUGGGUUUCACUUUUGGAGGAAGAAAUUUCCAUAAUGUGUCACUGGGUCAAGGUCAAGAACCCAUAGCGGAAGAAGCCAUAGAACUUUCCGCGAACGAAGGCCACUGGGUAAUUUUGCAAAAUGUCCACUUGGUGAGGAAAUGGUUGCCUACAUUAGAAAAAAAGAUGGAACAGUGCUCGGAGAAUCCACAUGAUGAUUAUCGAUUGUUCAUUAGUGCGGAACCCAGUCCUGAUCCUCAUGAAUCAAUAAUACCUCAGGGUAUACUAGAAUCAGCCAUAAAGAUCACAAACGAACCACCAUCUGGAAUUCAAGCGAACAUCCACAAAGCGUUGGAUAACUUUACCCAGGAAACUUUGGAGUCCUGCAGCAAGGAAACCGAAUUCAAAGCAAUAUUAUUUGCACUUUGUUAUUAUCACGCUGUACUUGCAGAACGUAGAAAAUUUGGGGCGCAAGGAUGGAAUAGGCUGUCUUCCUUGUAACCUGCAAUUAAAUUAGAGAAAGCUAC